GCAAUCUCUCUCUCUGAAUGAUCUUUGAGAAAAAUAAUCAAAAUUAUGAAGAAAACCGCAUAAUUGAGUAUCUUAGAACUGAAAAUUUUAAAUUUGCGAAGAAUUUGCAGAGUUGUUGCUUAAUUGAUCUGGAUGGAUCAGAUGAAUGCAUAAUUUUGAUUUCUGUGGUGGCGAUGAUCGCUGAAUAUUGUGUCGAUUGGUUUUAGGAAUCUGCGAGAAAUCUCUCUCCACGCCCCUCUUCCAUUGACUCUCUUCACCAACCCUUUAUUUCACACUGAACUUUUUUUGGUAGUGAAUCACGGUUUCUCUCUUCAAAGCACAACUCUGAGUUGUGUGGCAGUCAAAUUCAGUUCAAGUUCAGGCCAAUCGGAAUUCGACACCAGGAAUUGACGGCCUGUUCGCGGGAGUAAUCGGAGCUACAUGUCAUUCAAUUGUGUCGGUUCAGAGGAGCUUAAUUGAACUCAUUAGAGGUGGUUGAGAAGAUUCUUGAUCGUGCUGCUGUUCUUAUUAGAUUUAAUUAGUUCGCGGUUUCAUUAUUUUUGAGUUAAUUUAUGUCUGAGAUUGGGGUCUGGUUCUUUAAUGGCGAAACUACUUCAUCUUUCGUUGUUGGGGGAUUAGUGUUGAUCCGGAGCAAGGAAGUAGGUCAAUAGUGCGAAUUAGGAACUGGGUUGCAGUUCUCCAACAACGAGGUUGAAUUUGUUGGGUCGCAAUUUCAAAUGAGCAUAUCAUAAUGAACGGAAUCGUGGGCUUGUUGGUCAAUGGAUUCUCCAGACAAGGCAUUGACUGAUAUACUUGGUAAUUGGAAGUCGUGGAUCCCUUGGCGAUCUGAAUCAGCUAAUGUAUCGAGGGCUUUUUGGAUGCCUGAUCAGAGCUGCCGGGUAUGCUACGAUUGUGACGCACAAUUUACCCUUAUCAACCGUAGACACCAUUGCCGACUUUGUGGACGAGUCUUCUGUGCCAAGUGUACAGCAAACUCAAUACUUGCUCCACCAGGCAAUCCAAGGACCCCUCGUGAAGACAGGGAGAGAAUUCGUGUUUGUAACUAUUGCUACAAGCAAUGGAAUCAGGGCGUAGCUGCUCCAGAUCAUGAGAUCAGGGUGCUCAACCAGGAUAUCUGCAGUUCACCAUCGGCGGCAAGUUUGUCCAGUACUAGAUCUAGUGGCACUGCUGACAGCAGUUGCAUUACUCUUGCUUCUGUGCCUUACUCCUUGGAGGCCUGCCAACAAGCUCAACAGCAAUCUGGUCUCAGUCCACAACAUUCACCUGUUAUCUUAACUGACAGAGAUCAACAGGGUGAAUUGGCACCGGGAAGAGGCACUGAAAUUCUUUCUAGCAUAGGGGAUAUACCACAAAAUUAUUCCAUGAACAGGAGUGUUUGCAAGGAUGAUUAUGAUGGUGUAUACAAGUCAGAUUCUGAAGCAAGCCAUUCUCCUCAAGUCACUAGCUACUAUGGUCCAGCUGAAUCUGAAGAGAUUGGCAAUGAGGAUGGAUCACAUAAUGUGCAGCUUGAUGGAGAAAACAUCAACAUCAGAAGUUUAAGUAGCUCUCCGUUGCAAGAAAGUUUUUAUUCACAUGGUCUGGAAGGAAUUCCAGAUCUUGACAGAAAAGAAGACGCAAAUUUUAUUUAUGGAGAAGAUCAAGGGCAUUCCUCUUUGGAAUAUACAGAGGAUGUCGAAUCUGAACCUGUUGAUUUUGAAAACAAUGGGCUUCUCUGGAUCCCACCCGAACCUGAAGAUGAAGAAGAUGAGAGGGAAACUUUAUUUGAUGAUGAUGAUGAGGAACAUGAUGCAGGUGAAUGGGGAUAUUUACGAGCCUCUAGUAGUUUUGAGAGUGGGGAAUAUCGUAGUAAGGAUAGGUCUACUGAGGAGCACAAGAAUGCCAUGAAGAAUGUAGUCGAUGGACAUUUUAGGGCUUUAGUAGCUCAAUUGUUGCAGGUUGAGAACCUUCCUUUGGGUGAGAUCAGUGAUAAAGAGAGUUGGUUGGAGAUUAUAACUUCCCUCUCUUGGGAGGCUGCGACACUAUUAAAGCCAGAUAUGAGCAGAGGCGGUGAGAUGGACCCAGGUGGAUAUGUAAAAGUCAAAUGUAUCGCUUCUGGACAUCGCUGCAGUAGUAUGGUGGUAAAAGGAGUGGUUUGUAAGAAAAAUGUGGCUCAUCGGAGAAUGACCUCAAAGAUAGAGAAGUCUCGCCUGCUGAUUCUUGGAGGUGCACUCGAAUACCAACGGGUUUCUAAUCACUUGUCWAGUUUUGAUACGCUUUUGCAGCAGGAAAUUGACCAUUUGAAGAUGGCAGUGGCAAAGAUAGAUGCACACCGCCCUGAUGUUCUUCUAGUUGAAAAAUCAGUAUCAAGAUUUGCACAAGAGUAUCUACUUGCAAAAGAUAUAUCACUUGUUCUCAAUAUCAAAAGACCACUUUUGGAGCGUAUAGCCCGCUGCACAGGUGCACAAAUAGUUCCUUCAAUUGAUCAAUUGUCAUCACCAAAGUUGGGAUAUUGUGAGAUAUUUCAUGUAGAGAGGUUCAUGGAAGAUCUAAGGACUUCUGGACAGAGAGGGAAAAGAUCGGUGAAAACAUUGAUGUUUUUUGAAGGCUGCCCAAAGCCAUUGGGUUGUACUAUUCUGCUUAGAGGUGCUGACAUGGAUGAGUUGAAGAAGGCAAAGCGAGUUGUUCAGUAUGGAGUUUUUGCUGCUUAUCACUUGGCCUUGGAAACAUCUUUUCUUGCUGAUGAAAGAGCCUCUCUACCAGAACUUCCCUUGAACUCCCCAAUUACUGUUGCAAUUCCUGUGAAAUCGUCCGUUGUUGAGAGAUCCAUAUCGAUGGUACCUGAUUUUAGUCUUCCUGCCUACCAGGGGCAGCAACCUAGCCUACCUAAUGACGAGCCACAAAGAUCUAAAAGUUUCCCUACUUCGGAUCUAAUCUUAGCAUGCAACAGCACUCCACCUUGUGUAGAAAAUGGCCCUAGCUCUCAACCAUCUCAACCAACUUCAUCUGCUACAAAUUCAGCAGCCAUUGUUGCCUCUGACUCCAUGUCAUGGCCUAUUGGUUCCGAGUCUUAUGGUGAUGUGUCUUCUCCAUACCAUACUCUUAAGGAGAGAAAUGCAUUGGGUACCAGGGGAGAAAAUCUAGAAGAAUCUACUUCGGGAAAUAACGGUUAUCAAAAACAUCAGGAACUAGGGUCCCUUGAGUUGUUGGGGAAUUUCAAGUUUUCAAUUGAUGCUGAAGACGAUCAUAACUCAGCAGCAUCUAGUCAGCCAAUUGGCUUAGAGCCAUUAAAUAUGCAACAGAACAAUCAAAAUCAUCAAGAGGAGCUGGGAACAGGGAAAGAUGACUUCGCUACAGCAUCUUCUGCCCAUCAAAGUAUCUUGGUCUCAUUAUCAUCAAGGUGCAUAUUGAAAGGAAGUGUCUGUGAGAGGUCGCAUCUCUUUAGAAUCAAAUACUAUGGGACUUUCGAUAAACCUUUAGGCCGAUUCUUAAGGGACCGUUUAUUUAAUCAGACCUACCGAUGCGAUUCGUGCGACAUGCCAGCAGAAGCACAUGUCUAUUGUUAUACUCAUAGACAGGGCACCCUCACAAUAUCUGUUAAAAAGUUAUCAGAAAUUCUUUUGCCAGGUGAAAGGGAGGGGAAGAUUUGGAUGUGGCACAGAUGCCUGCGAUGCCCACGAAACAAUGGUUUUCCCCCAGCUACUCGAAGAGUAGUGAUGUCAGAUGCUGCAUGGGGACUCUCAUUUGGGAAGUUUUUAGAGCUCAGCUUUUCAAACCACAUUGCUGCUAGCAGAGUGGCAAGCUGUGGCCACUCCUUGCAUAGAGAUUGUCUUCGUUUUUAUGGAUAUGGGAGAAUGAUCGCUUGUUUUCGCUAUGCUUCGACUGAUGUGCAUUCUGUAUACCUUCCACCGUCAAAACUGGAUUUCAAUUAUGAGAAUCAGGAAUGGAUACAAAAAGAAAAGGAUGAGGUGGUGAACCAAGCUGAGCUUUUAUUUUCUGAAGUGCUGAAUACUCUUCGUCAAAUUGCAGAAAAAGUAUCUGCUGCAGGGACCAUUAGUAGCAUGAGAAAAAUGGAACUAAGGCGCCAGAUUGCCGGGUUGGAGGCUGUGUUACAAAAUGAGAAGGCCAAAGUUGAGGAAUCACUCCAUAAGACUAUGAAUGGGGAAGGCAAACAGGGCCAGGUUACAGUAGACAUUCUUGAGAUCAACUAUCUGCGUAAGAAGUUACUCAUUCAAGCUUAUGUAUGGGACCAGCACUUGCUCCAUGCAGCAGCCAGUUUAGAUAAAAGCAACUCUGCUGGUAGCUUAAUUACAGAAUCUGAAGAGAAAUUUUCAGUUGAUGGUGAGAAGCUUUCUGAAAUUAGCACCACCAGCAAAUCGGUUGAUGAAGGGACAUAUAAUGGAAAAGAACUUGGUACCAGCCCGGCUCAACCUGAAACUCAAAUCCAAGAACUUGGAGAUUCAGAUUCAGAAAAAGGCGAAGAAGAUUUAUGCAAUACAAGCAUUAAUUCGCCAUCUGAACCCCUAGAGUCAAAGGUAACUGUUCAUGCAGCUCCGGCUGAUGGGCAGUUUUCUAGGAUGGUAAAUUUAUCAGAUACGCUCGAGGCUGCAUGGACAGGUGAAAAUGGUUCAGUAGUUGGAAUAACAAAAGAUAAUUCCCAUAGUUUAUCUAAUUCGACUGUGGAAAAUUCAUCAAGCAUUGAUAUUAAUGCAUGUUAUGAUCGUGGUGAACAUCCAAAUGUGGACAGGGGUACCCAUGCUGUUUCUCAGUUGCUUCCUUCGAAGGCACUUGAAGAUACAGAGGACUUUGCUAGCCAGUUAGAGACGAUUUCCUCAAACUUUUAUUAUUUAUAUAAUGAGAAAUUUCUAUCAAGUGGUCUGAAACUUGAAGCACUGGGGAAACAUAAUCCUGUCUUUCUAUCUUCAUUCUGGGAGUUAGAAUUUCAAGGUGGAGCUAGGCUGUUCUUGCCUCUUGGUGUAAAUGAAACUGUUGUUCCAGUCUAUGAUGAUGAACCCUCAAGUAUCAUAGCUUACGCUCUAAUGUCACCAGAAUAUCAUUCCCAGCUGAUUGAUGAGGCCGAAAAGCUAAGAGACUGUGGUGAUUCGUUGCCUUCCUUAUCUUUCUCAGAAUCAUUUUUGCAGUCCUCCGAUGACUUCUCCUUUGAUUCUCAUAAAAGUGUGGGUCCUUCAGAUGAUAGUCUUUCUAGUAUCUCUGGGUCUCGUACCUCCCUUGGUCUGGAUCCAGUCUUAUACCCAAAGUCCCUUAAUCCCAGAAUUUAUUUUGAAGAAUAUGGCCCACAUGGUGGGGUAAAAUAUUCUGUGACCUGUUACUAUGCAAAACGAUUUGAAGCUUUGAGGAGGAUUUGCUGUUCAGAACUUGAUUUCGUAAAGUCUCUUAGUCGUUGUAAGAAGUGGGGAGCCCAAGGUGGUAAGAGUAAUGUUUUCUUUGCCAAAACUUUGGAUGAUCGCUUUAUCAUUAAACAAGUCACCAAGACAGAACUGGAGUCAUUUAUUAAAUUUGCACCUGAAUAUUUCAAGUAUUUAUCCGAAUCAAUUUGUACGCGAAGUCCUACAUGCCUAGCAAAGGUUCUUGGAAUCUAUCAGGUUACGGCAAAGCAUCUUAAAGGAGGGAAAGAAUCAAAGAUGGAUGUUCUGGUUAUGGAGAAUCUUCUGUUUAGAAGGAAUGUUACACGACUUUAUGAUCUCAAAGGAUCUUCUAGAUCACGCUAUAAUUCUGAUUCAACUGGGAAUAACAAGGUUCUGUUGGACCAAAACUUGAUCGAAGCAAUGCGAACUUCUCCGAUUUUUGUAGGAAACAAAGCAAAACGAUUGUUGGAGAGGGCUGUAUGGAACGAUACUUCAUUUCUUGCUUCAAUUGGUGUGAUGGACUACUCGUUGCUGGUUGGUGUGGACGAGGAGAAACACGAACUAGUUAUCGGGAUCAUCGAUUUCAUGAGACAGUAUACAUGGGACAAGCAUCUGGAGACUUGGGUGAAGGCUACAGGCAUUCUUGGUGGCGCAAAGAACUCGUCUCCAACUGUGAUCUCCCCCAAGGAGUACAAGAAGAGAUUCAGGAAAGCAAUGACAACCUACUUUCUGAUGGUGCCAGACCAGUGGUUUCCGCAGUCCAUUGUUCCAAGCCAGUCUCAGUCCGAUUUAGGCGACGAGAACACGCAGGAUGCCAAAUCCGAUGCCGUUUCAGUUACCUUGUAGAUAGACAUGAGCAUACCUUAGAGUACAACCCUUCACUUGUUCAUUAUCUUGAGUAUAUUGAUUUUGAUUCUUUUAGGUAGAUUCUUUUCCCCUUUCUUUUUGUCUGAAUAUCAUUGUUGAAGAGCAACUAGCAAGAGGAGGUGUGAAAGAAGGCUGCUGAAGCCAUUAAAAAAGGAGGUAUAAUAUUAGUUCACCUCUUGGUUAAGAUCUUUGUAUAAAAUAGGUAGUGUUUGUAGUGGUCAGAUUUACAGUGUAAAUUGCUUCAAAAUAUCAUCUAUGCUUCACCAAAAAUGCAUUACCUCCAUAUGUUGGGUUGGACUUUACAGGAUAAGUUUCCUCAGUUCCAACUUCCAAUGAAAAA